CCCAAGAGGUGUCCGCGGGAAGCAGGGCACUCUCCGUAAUCCCUGUGUUCCUUCUUCUCUUGCGGCCAAGCCAUGCCACGUUCGGCCCCAGCCGCUGGCUGCUCCUUAACUGCAUCUGCUCAGUGUCACCGGGACCUGUGAGCCGCCGCCCCCCCAGACCAGAGCGCUCUCUGCUGCCACUCACCUUCCCGAGAGGACCAGCCUGCCAGAGCCUCGCUGACCUGGAGGACAGGGCCCGACAGCCGCUCCUGAAGAGAAUGGAAGGGCCCCAGAAGAGCAGAUAUGGAACUAUAGCUGAAGGUAGAUUAGAAGAUAACCAGUUUGGAACAUCACCCUCCUUGAGGAUUAUCCUGGUGGGCAAAACAGGCUGCGGGAAAAGCGCCACAGGGAACAGCAUCCUCUGCCAGCCAGUGUUUGAGUCCAAGCUGGCGGCCCAGCCGGUGACCAGGACGUGCCAGGCGGAGACAGGCACAUGGAAUGGGAGGAACAUCCUGGUGGUCGACACACCCUCCAUCUUUGAGGCCAAGGCCCAGGCCCAAGAGAUGUACAAGGACAUUGGGGACUGCUACCUGCUCUCUGCCCCGGGGCCCCACGUGCUGCUCUUGGUGACCCAGCUGGGGCGUUUCACGGCCCAGGACACGGUGGCCGUGAGGAGGGUGAAGGAGGUCUUUGGGGCAGGGGCCAUGAGACACGUGGUCAUCCUCUUCACCCACAAGGAGGACUUGGGCAGCGAGGCCUUGAGCGACUAUGUAGCGCACGCGGACAACCGCGGGCUGCAGGGGCUGGUGCGGGAGUGCGGGAGGAGGUACUGCGCCUUCAACAACCGGGCCUGCGGCCAGGAGCAGGCGCGGCAGCUGGCGGAGCUCAUGGCUGUGCUGGAGAGGCUGGAGAGGGAGUGUGAGGGCUCCUUCCACAGCAACGGCCUCUUCCUCGAUGCCCAGAUGCUGUGGCGAGGCAGGGACGGUGCCCGCCACGAAGACUACGAAGACUACGGGCAGUACCUGGCCAAGGUGAAACAGCAGGUGGAAAAGCAGAAGCGAGAGCUGAGGGAGGAGGAGAGGAGCUGGGCGUGCAAGGCGCUCCUCAGGGUCCAGCGCUGGAUGGCUUCGCACAUUUUAACAUCCGCCUUCAUUGCCAUAUGUGUCUUGAUUUUUCUUGCCAUUGUAAUUGCCUUGUUUGUUGCUCAUGGAAACUGAGUGUUUUCAGGGGAUUGCUACUGUUUUUCUUUUCCAGGGUCAGCAUCUCUGUCUAUGUGUGUACGGCACUUUGCUUGCUUUCUGUAUAAUUUCUUUCUCAGUUUCUCUUCCUUAUAUCAGCGUGCCAUCCACUUCCCUUUAGUGCU